CAGAGCCAGUCUGCUCGUCCAGCCAUGUAUUUUCUCCUUUAAACACAAUAUAUUUCGCAACACUACACGAUAUAUCUGGCGUUGGUGUGGUAUCUGAAGUAACUAGUCGUAAACCGCGAUUGCAAACAGUGAGACAGGCCUCGGCGAUUUGCCUCGCCCCAUUGAGCGCAACUGCGAAUCAUAAGCAAGUUAUGAUCAUGGUCGUAUUACAUUCUUGUGUCUGCAGCGUUCACCUUUCGUCAGAGCGAACUUCUCAACCGAUGGUUUCUAAUCCAUGAAAUGUUCUUGGUCUUAAUGUUCAACCAGUAUUCGAUGCACCCAGACUGUAGUCAUGGGACCAGAAACAGAACCCGAAUUUAAAACGGAGCCCAAGGAAGAAUACAUAGACCAGGUGAAUGACAACGCUGAAGAAGAGUCUGAUUCAGGUACCACCGAUGACUCAAGCGACUACGACCCUACGCCCCGGGAGCCAGAGAUAGGUCGCAUAUUCCGGUGUUACCCCUGCCCCGUCUGUGGGAAAAUCUUUGACCGGCCAUCCAAAUUGGAGAGACAUAAACCGAUACACUCAAAGAUGCCAAAGACACGCCAUCAGUGCAAAGAUUGCGACAAGAGUUUUACACAGCUGGAGAAGUUGCUUCGCCACCAAAACACCCACAACAGGACUAACCAGCACCCGUGUCCAGACUGUGGUAAAGUGUUCGACAGGCCGUCCAAGUUGGAGAGGCACAGACGCACGCACGCCAAAGGACCAAAGGUACCUCAUCAGUGUUCCUACUGCGACAAAUCUUUCAAGAAACUGCACAAACUGAUCCGACACGAGCGGGUUCAUACUGGGGAGAAGCCAUUCACCUGCUCCGUCUGUGGGAAGGGCUUUGCUGAGGCGGGCCACUGCAAGACGCAUCAGAUGAUUCACGAGGAUCAGCCGGUGAAACCUCACAAAUGCAGCGACUGUGGCUUGGGUUUCUUCAAGGCGUCGGAGCUCCGGCGCCACGUACGCUCUCACACAGGUGAGAAGCCGUUCAAGUGUACCGUGUGUGAAAGCUGCUUCUCCCGCUCCGAAGGACUGAAGAGACAUAUGAGGAGCCACACCGGGGAGCGACCGUUCAAGUGCGUCAUUUGCAGCAAAGGAUUCUUUUCCCGCCGAGAUAUGAACAUUCAUAGAUUGAUCCAUUCCGGGGAGAAACCGCACCUCUGUCCUGUGUGCGGGAAAGGCUUCUCGCAACUGGGCAACAUGAAGGAGCACGAGCGACACGUACACAUCAAAUCUGAUAAUUUUCCCUGCGAAGAGUGCGGAGCCAGCUUCACACGGUACAGAUCACUGCUGAAGCACCAGCGGAUACACACGGGUGAGAAACCCUAUCUGUGCCUGACGUGUGGUCAGAGGUUCUCCUGGAGUCAUUGUCUCAAUCGUCACAUGAGGACACACACCGAGCAGCAGGUGCCAAUGAACUUGUCUCAAGAUCCUCUUAGCUGUGAAGCCACCACUGAGAAGAGCCAGAGUUGAACAUAUGUCCGAGGGUCAUGGAAGCACAUCAUGUAAGAUUUCUACAUGGUGACUUGUUUUGAUGAUUGGUAUCAAAGAUAUUUUUGUUUAAUCAUUUAGAUUCACUUUUCCAAAUCCUCUUUUGGACCACUAAUAACAGGGACUGAUCACUUCAGACAUGGACAUGUUCUCGCCAAGAAUCAUCAGAAAAAGUUGCUUUUUAUCAGCGCACUUUCCUCAAUGCUUUGACUUUAAAGGACAUUUAUUCCCUGCAUGUGUAAAUAACCCACCUGCAGACAGGUGACAUGAGACCUGCUUCCAUUCAAGUGUAUACUGUAUUACUAUUCAGAUUUGUAACAAAAUCAUUUACGCUACAAAUACGACUGUGCAAGGUAAUGAUGCGGCGGGAGGGAAUAUUUAAUCGCUUUAUCAAGACUAUUAUUUCAUAUAUGUUUAUACCUUUUGUGUUCUUAACCCAAAUUGUUUGGACUUCUGAAGUUCGGUUAAGUGUCUUCAAACAACAGAGCUGACCAGUGUGCUCUUCUUGUUCGCACUGCUUUUACUGUUAUUUCAUACAACAAGGGUGCUUCAUUGUUGGGGUGUUUGCAUCUCUGAAGUGCAUGUCAUAAUGAACCCCCAUUCCUCAUUUAUUCUUCACAUUUCAAUUCCACAUACUUUCAUACUGUUUUACUGUACUGAUUGCUUCAUUCACGUGACUGUAACUGGUGUUGAAAUAUACAUUAAAAAG